UAUUUAAAUGUUUCAUUAUGUAUAAUUAAUUUUUUUUACUUAUUUAGCGUGAAGAAUUAGGCAGAACUCCACUUCUUAAUGAGCUCCACAUGGAGACUCAUCUCAAGAGAAAUGGAGAGUUUAUUGACGAGCGCGCAAAAAUCACUCAAGAGAAUUUUGAUAAAGAACUUGCCAUAAAGUUGUCAGAGCAUCCUGAAAUACCCCAACCACCACCAGGGUAUCCUGUUGACCCCAGUAUUGGUUUUCAGACUUGGUAUAAGGUUUCAGGUGGAAAGAAGAAAAAUGGGAGAGUGUAUUGUACUGGAGGGUAUUCCAAAAAUAUCAAGCGGUGUAGUAGAGAUUUCAAAAUGAGAUAUGCUGAUGGAGAAGGAUCACCCACUCCACCUAUAUUAACCGUCGAAAUGCUUGAAACUGUGAGAAACUUGGCAAAUACUGAUGCAGCACAACAAGUUGCAGAGUACAAUUUUGACUUUUCAUUUAGCGAGGGGGGUAGCCCCUGGCAAAUUAGCGAAGUGUAA